AUGAGUGACGAAAAGACUAGUGCCGUUCCGACACCAUUUCGUGGGGUUCGGGUUCUGCUCGUUGAUAACGAUACCCUAUCCUUGUUAAACAUGGCAUCCGAGUUAGAGGAUUAUUCCUAUAGAGUUACCACUACUGAACUAGCUACAGUUGCACUGUCCAUUCUGCGAGAACGAACGGAUCACUUCGAUCUCAUCAUGGCCGAUACCAACAUGCGUGAAAUCGACUUCUUCAAGUUUAUCGAGAAUGUACAUCUAAUCAAGAAUCUUCCCAUCAUAUUGAUGGCCAAAGAAUCGAACAAGGAUACGGUUAAGGAAGCCAUGGAAAAGGGAGCUUGCUUCUUUCUGGAAAAGCCCAUCUCAUCGAAAACUCUCAAGAACGUGUGGCAGCAUGUUUACAGAAAAAGAACGAACGAAAAAGAACCGAGAGGCGUUGUUAAGAGUAUAAUUAAUGCCGAUCAAGAAGUUGAAUCUCGAGGAGCUAAUGUGGGAGGAGGAGAAGAGGGGGACAAAAUCCUUGAAAUUGUCAAAGAAAGUACGUUGCAAGAGCACGGAAUUGAAGAAGUUGGUGACAGCGACCAAGUUGAGAAUGAUCUUGAAAAUCUUGUGGAUCGAAAGAGGCUAACGGAAGUGACGGAAAUCUGUAUGAAGAGGUGUGUGCCGACGGAAAGUGAUGGAUUGGGAAAAUUUAUUAUGAGGAAAAGAAUUAAACAAAGCAGCUGCGAAAGUUCCUCGCCUGUUCAAAGUAAGUUUUCGACCAAGAAGAAGGAGUUGGUGACGGAAUUGGCUUCUUCGUCGAAUUCUAUUAAUUAA